AUGGCGAGGGCUCUUCGUCCCGGUGAGGGCUUGGUGGAGAUCGAGGAUCGCGACGGCAGGGUGUGGCAGGUGCCGAUCAAUGUCGCGUACUGGCGCUCACUCAGCGGCGAUCAGAGCCUCUACAUGUUUGAAAGGCAGACGAUCCUGAUGGUCAAGCUCCGCAACCAGAUCGAGGCUGAGGGCACAGAGGACCGCUUGGCAGAGGGUGGCGGCGUGCUUCAGUGCAACGUCGCCCUCGGAUGCGAGUGCCUGCCGCGUCCGCCCGAUGGACUCGAUGGACCCGUGGCCGAAGAGGGCGAGAAGGAGGACAGCCAGAGUCAGAGCUCGAAGAAAAGAAAGAAGAAAAAGAAGAACAAACCCCAGGCGGAGGGCGAGAAAAAGGACGACAAACCCAUGGCCGAGGGCGAGCCGGCAAGCGGUCUGCACUCCAUGGACUAG